AACAAGCCUAAUUUAGACAUUAAAUUUAUUGACGUUGAAUUGUUGAUUCUAUGAUUUGCGAAUACUACUGAUAAUUCUUGACUAUUUCAGCGCCUGAACUUUAAUUUGUGCGUGUUUAGUUUUUUCUUAAAACUUUGGAAAAAAUCGUGUAAAUUAACAUGGAAGGCGACGAACUAAGUGGUGACUUGGUUAGGUUGGACAAUGGAUUUUUAGUCGACGAAGAAACUUACGUUGUAAACUCAGACGAUGUGCUCGAACAAGAGGAAAACAACUCUGACUCAAACAGUGGUGGCAAAAACGUGCCCCUUCGAGAACAAGAUAGAUUUUUACCUAUUGCUAAUAUUGCAAAAAUAAUGAAAAGGGCAAUCCCAGAAAGAGGAAAGAUUGCCAAAGAUGCAAGAGAAUGUGUCCAAGAGUGUAUCUCGGAGUUUAUAUCGUUCAUAACGAGUGAAGCAAGUGAUCGCUGUCAAAUGGAGAAACGGAAGACAAUUAAUGGAGAAGAUGUACUAUUUGCAAUGAAUGCACUCGGCUUUGAUAAUUAUGUGGAACCGUUGAAAUUGUAUCUUAAAAGAUACAGAGAAAUCGUUCUAUCUCCUGUUACUAUCAACAAGUUAAACAAAGCAAUAGUUUUGUAUGGAACUGAUGGAACUCAAUGCGUCUCUAGUGAAAAUGAUACUGACACACAGGCAGAAACAGUUAUAUACAGCUACCCUAAAGUUAUUGGAGAUUUUACGAUCGCUUAAAAUAUCAAAGAAUCUACAGUGAUGCUAAAAUUAAUUCUUCAAUUAAGUUAACAACAAAACUAGGUGAAGUUGUAAGAAUCACUUUAUUAUGGAAUACUUUUUAAGUAUAAAAAAUAUAUAUAAGGAGACCAUAAAAUUGUUAUGUGAAUUCUUCCACUGGUAUGAUUAAAAUUUGACACGACCUAGGUGGAGAUUACUUAAGUAUUUGUUUUUUUUUUUAAUAAAAGAUAUUUCAAGAAAA